AAAAAAAACUUUUAUCUCCCUCGCCUUGAAAUUAGGUUACUCCAUAUUUUUUUUUUAUAUCCCGUAAAAACAAUACAAUAAAAAAUGACUGGACGUGGCAAAGGUGGAAAAGGUCUUGGAAAAGGAGGAGCAAAACGCCAUCGCAAAAUUCUUCGAGAUAACAUUCAAGGUAUUACUAAACCUGCUAUCAGACGUCUCGCACGUAGAGGUGGUGUAAAACGUAUUUCAGGUCUCAUUUAUGAAGAAACUCGUGGAGUACUCAAAGUUUUCCUUGAAAGCGUAAUCCGAGAUGCAGUAACCUACACAGAACAUGCAAAACGCAAGACAGUAACGUCUCUAGACGUCGUCUACGCUCUUAAACGCCAAGGACGCACUCUCUACGGUUUUGGAGGUUAAACCGUUUCAACCUAUUCAACCCUAUCGGAAACAAGAAAC